UCACGUUCACCAGGUGUGUUUGGUGCUGAGACAAAUGAAAUACAGUCAGUUUCAAGAAUGGAGGGAGAUUCUGUCACUCUAAACACUGAUGUUACUGAAAUACAUGAAGAUGACGACAUACUGUGGAAUUUUGGAGCCGAAAAGAUUUCUGAAAUCAAUAGAGCUACGGGAAACUUCAUCACAUAUGAUGAUGUUCUUGAUGGGAGAUUCAGAGACAGACUGAAGCUGGACGAUCAAACUGGAUCUCUGACCAUCAUGAACAUCACAACUGAAGAUGCUGGACUUUAUGAACUAGAGAUAAGAGGACAAAAACUUUCUUUAAAAAUAUUCAGUGUUUCUGUCUAUGCUCGUCUUCCUGUUCCUGUCAUCAGCAGAAACACUUCACAAUGUUCAUCAUCAUCAUCAUCAUCAUCAUCAUCAUCAUCAUCACAGCAGAAUUGUUCAUUGUUGUGUUCAGUGGUGAAUGUGGGUCAUGUGACUCUCUCCUGGUACAAAGGAAACAGUUUAUUGUCCAGCAUCAGUGUGUCUGAUCUCAGCAUCAGUCUCUCUCUACCUCUGGAGGUGGAAUAUCAGGAGAAAAACAGCUACAGCUGUGUGAUCAACAAUCCCAUCACAAACCAGACCACACAUCUGGACAUCAGCAAACUCUGUCAACCAUGUUCAGAAUGCCAGGGUCAAUGUUGUGCUAGUUCGGAAGCUGUGAUCCGAUUGGUCCUCUCUGCCUUGGUGGGCGUGGCUACUGUGUUUUUUCUGGUUUAUGACAUCAGAUAUACAAGUGGAGGAGACAAAAAACGGAUAUCAUAAAAAAAGAGAGAUCUUGGAUCUUUAGUCUGUAAAUAUUAAAAUAUA